AAGGAGAAGAACCAAAAGCCUUAAAGCUUUAGAGCUGAAUCCCCGCCAACAUCACCACUCCCAUUUUAUCCACAAAUAUGGAGAUGAAGCUCCAGCUCUGCACUUGAAUGGAAGUCAUCCCAUUUAUCAAACCCUUUUGUUCUCGAUUACCAAUUUCUCUUACCACUUCUCAAUCACAAAUGGCUAUGCAAAACUCCCCUUACAAGGUACUGCUUCUGAGAAAAUAUCCAUCUUUCAGGAGAACCACAUCUGCUAGCCUUUCAUGUUUCGGAAGACGUUCAUCUUCUCAGUUCUUAUCUCUCUUAAAUAUCUUAAAUGCUAAAUAUUAUUCUACCGGCUCUGAGUCGGAAUCCUGUGUAUCUGUGAAGAAAAGAUCUCGUGGACCUGUUAUGGCUGCCAAGAAAAAUUCUGAAGGGCUAAAACAGGAAGAUGGAAAAUACAAACACACUGUGGAUCUACCCAAGACCACAUUUGGGAUGAGAGCGAAUGCGGUUGUUAGGGAGCCUGAAAUUCAGAAACUGUGGGAUGAAAAUCAGGUGUUUAAAAAAGUUGUGGAGAGGAAUGAUGGGGGCAGUUUUAUUCUUCAUGAUGGUCCUCCUUAUGCUAAUGGGGAUUUGCACAUUGGGCAUGCACUCAAUAAGAUUUUGAAAGACAUUAUAAACCGUUACAAGCUGCUUCAAAAUUAUAAGGUUCACUACGUUCCUGGUUGGGAUUGUCAUGGCCUACCAAUCGAAUUGAAAGUGUUGCAGUCACUGGAUGAAGACGCCAGGAAGGAGCUUACACCAAUCAAAUUGAGAAAGAAGGCAGCAAAAUUUGCCAUAGCAACAGUAAAAGCUCAAAUGGCAUCAUUUCAGCGCUAUGGGGUAUGGGCCGACUGGGAUCAUCCUUACCGAACUCUUGAUCCGGAGUACGAAGCUGCCCAGAUCGAAGUGUUUGGACAAAUGACCCUUCAAGGAUAUAUCUACAGAGGUCGAAAACCGGUUCAUUGGAGUCCCUCAUCAAGAACUGCUCUUGCGGAAGCUGAAUUGGAGUAUCCUGAGGGGCAUGUUUCAAAAAGCAUGUAUGCCAUUUUCAACCUGGUUGAUGCUAAGAAGUCGCAUGAUCUAUUGGAGGAAUUUUUUCCAAAUUUGUUUGUGGCCAUCUGGACCACCACUCCCUGGACAAUUCCAGCAAAUGCUGCCGUUGCUGUGAACGCUAACCUUCAAUAUGCGGUUGUUGAAGUACAAUCCUCUCCGGCUGAUGAUUCUGCUUCACCUGGCAAUGCAAAAAAGAAACUUGGCAAUGUUUUCAAACAGCAGGAGAGUCUAUUCCUUAUUGUUGCAUUGGAUCUCAUACCCACUCUAGAAGCAAAAUGGGGCACAAAACUUGUUCUAAAGAAAACAGUUAUGGGUUCAGAUCUUGAAAGUUCUAGGUAUGUGCAUCCCAUUGACAGUAGAGAGUGUCCUAUUGUCAUCGGUGGAGACUAUAUUACAACAGAAUCAGGUACUGGAUUAGUUCAUACUGCUCCUGGUCAUGGUCAGGACGAUUAUGUAACUGGCCUAAAAUAUGGUUUGCCAAUUCGUUCACCCGUGGAUGAUGAUGGAAAAUUCACCGAAGAAGCCGGACAGUUCUGUGGCCUUGAUGUCCUUGGUAAUGGUAAUGAUGCUGUGAUUGAAUAUCUGGACAAGAACUGCUCACUGGUCAUGGUAGAGCCAUACAAACACAAGUAUCCCUAUGAUUGGCGGACCAAGAAACCCACAAUAUUUAGGGCAACAGAACAAUGGUUUGCUUCUGUGGAAGGAUUUCGCCAGGCUGCAAUUGCUGCAAUUAGCCAAGUUACUUGGGUUCCACCUCAGGCAGAGAAAAGAAUUAUCUCAAUGACUUCAAGUCGCUCUGAUUGGUGUAUAUCUCGCCAAAGGACGUGGGGUGUUCCUAUUCCAGUCUUUUAUCAUGUGGAGACGAGGGAGCCACUGAUGAAUGAAGCAACCAUCAACCAUAUUAAAUCUAUAUUUUCUCAAAAGGGUAGUGAUGCGUGGUGGUAUAUGACAGUAGAGGAAUUGCUUCCUAAUGAUUAUCGUCACAAAGCAUCAGAAUAUGAAAAGGGCACAGAUACCAUGGAUGUUUGGUUUGACUCAGGUUCUUCAUGGGCUGCUGUGCUCGAGAAAAGAGAUGGAUUAAGUUCUCCUGCAGAUGUGUAUCUUGAAGGUACAGAUCAGCAUCGUGGAUGGUUUCAAAGCUCACUUUUGACGAGUGUCGCAACAAAAGGAAGGGCUCCAUAUUCAGCUGUUGUUACUCAUGGAUUCGUACUCGAUGAAAGAGGCUUAAAGAUGAGUAAAUCUUUGGGCAAUGUUGUUGAUCCAAUUACUGUAAUUGAUGGGGGCAAAAACCAAAAGGAGACUCCUGCUUAUGGUGCUGACGUCCUCCGACUCUGGGUUUCAAGUGUAGAUUACACUGGAGAUGUGCUGAUUGGACCUCAAAUCCUCCGUCAGAUGUCUGACAUAUAUCGGAAAUUGCGGGGAACACUGCGAUUCCUUUUGGCAAACCUUCAUGAUUGGAAAAUCGACUAUGCAGUCCCAUAUAAUGAACUUCCUAAAAUCGAUCAGCAUGCACUAUUCCAGCUUCAGAAUGUUGUAAAGAACAUUAAAGACAAUUAUGAGCAUUACCAGUUCUUCAAAAUUUUUCAGCUUAUUCAACGGUUUGUGAUUGUUGAUCUGUCCAAUUUUUACUUCGAUGUUGCCAAGGAUCGGCUCUAUGUUGGGGGCACUACUAGCUGCACCAGGAGAACUUGUCAAACUGUCCUGGCAGAACAUUUACUUACCAUUGUGAAAGUAAUUGCUCCCAUCCUCCCGCAUUUGGCUGAAGAUGUCUGGCAACAUCUUCCUUUCCAGUAUACCACUGAAGAUGGACAAAUUGCCAAAUAUGUCUUUGAGUCGCGAUGGCCUUCUAAUGAGGAAAGAUAUCUAGCUUUGCCUGAUGAAGAAGUUCAAUACUGGGACAAAAUCCUCGAGCUGAGGACUGAGGUAAAUAAAGUGCUAGAAGUUGCUCGAUCCGGGAAAUUAAUAGGUUCCAGCUUAGAGGCCAAGGUCUUUCUUCAUACAGCCGAUGAUAGCUUUUCUGGAAAAUUGACGGAAGCUUGUGAAUCCUCAAAUGAUGCUGAUACGUUGCCUCGCAUAUUUAUAACGUCCCAGGUUGAGAUUCUUCCAUAUUUACAGAAUGAACAAAUUGAGCAAGCAUCAUACACCGGAGAAUACCUUAUUGGAGAAAAGAGCAAAGUCUGGAUUGGAGUAUCACGUGCAGAAGGCGCAAAAUGUGAAAGAUGCUGGAAUUUUUCGCCACAAGUUGGUUCAUACAAUGAACACCCGUCACUUUGCGGUCGAUGUUACAAUGUCGUCGCGAGUCAGCCAGAACCUGCCCUUGCUGCUGCAGUGAGCUGAAAGAUAAACAAGCUUCCAGCUAUCUAUCCCCUUACUGUUUUGGAAACCUGAGUUAGAACGGAAACAUUGCAGAGUUAGACUCAAUUAUUUUUUCCCAUCUGUUCAAGUCUGAAGGAAAUGUUGAAAUCCUAAACCACUUGUGAAUUUAGAGUUACACGAUCUUUCACCACACAGUAGAUAACACACUGGUACAUGAACCUUUUCUGAGGUCUCUCAAAUUGCAGAGUAAAUUACAAAGUUCAUUUAGUUACACUAGCAACUGUUAAUUUCAACAAGGGCCCUUUUUUUUUUUGUUUUUUUUCACAGAAAGCCUAGCAACCAACAGAUUCUUUGACAAUAAGUCUUAACCACUCCAGAUUUACUUUGACCAAAUUAUUUUUUCAAAACUAGCCAAACCAUGUAACGAUCUCUUCGCGAUGGAAUGCAUGUAUCAGGAAGUUGGAUUGACGGCAUGAUAAAUGACUAGCUUUUGAUACGACUUCUCCCACAACCAGAAAAGGGAGACAUUUUCCCCUCAAAAUUGAUCUUCU